CACAGAGAAGAGAUUUCCAGAUUGGGCGGUUCCCUGGGAUAGUUUUCCUUUUCUCAGAUCCAGUAGCUGCAGAGACUCACGGGCUCUAGGGGAAGGCAGCUGCAGAAUGGACAUGAAUAUUGAAGGAGGUAGCAGGAACAAGGUCAAAAGUAACAUCCAUGACCUGCUGGAUGGAAAAGAGGGUAGAUUCUGGAUUCCAAGCACCACCCCUGGAGGGGACCUGAGAUUCCAUCUUCAGCUCACUCCAUUGCGACCACAUGCAGACUGACUGGGCAGUGGAUUCUGUGACCUCAGCCCCAGUAGCAGGAGUCUGGGAUAAAAGCCAGGCUUGUCCCAAAGGACCAGUCAACUUCCAUCCUCGGAACUGUUGCACUUUCCUUGCAGAGAGCUGCUAAUGGGUAUUUGAUGGCUGUUGUCUUUGCAGCAAGAAUCAGGACAGCAACAACAAUGAGAUUUCAACAUCCGGAAAUGUGCUCUGCUCGGGACAAGACAAGGAUGUAAAGCUCCAUGUCUGAUGGGCUUGGCGCCCAAAUGUUAAGGACACACAAGCAGGGCUUGGGAAAGGCACAAAGAUUUAUGGAGUCCAGGAUAGGUAAUAAGACUAAGUAUUUUGUGUUGUUUGGAUUUUUAAAAUUUUUUUUUUUGUCCAUUUGGGGGGCAUUUUGUGAAAGAGUAAAUCUGGAGGCAGAAUCUGAAGGUGGGUAAGAUUGGAUGGGAUUUGAAUUCCAUAAUGACGACUCUAAUUUCUGCAGUCAGCUCAGGGCUCUGCUGCCUGCUCUGGCACUCCCUCCCCCUCCCCCGCACACCGUACAGCGCAGAGCCGAGUCUGAUGGAUCCUUAGUGGGUUAGGGUGUUAUAUAAGCCCCAGGCGGGCGGGGAAAUGUGCUUCCCCCCCCCCCCCCCUUCCUUUUCUGUGUGUUGCAGCAGCAGCAGCAGCAGCAGCAGCAGCAGCAGCAGCAGCAGCAGCACCAGCAGCACCAGCACCGAGUGGCCAGGUUGAUUUAGAAUCCGGAUGACAGCGGCCUGGCGCGAGCCCACGGCUGACGGAAGCUGCUGCUCCCGCUCGGUUUCCAUGGAGACGGGCGAGCGCGGCCGCGGCGGGGCUGUCAGCGCGCGCGGCGGCGGCGCGGCGGCGGGGGUCCGCGGGCGGAAGGAGGCGGCCGGCGCCGGGACCCUCGCGGCGGCAGACAUGGACUUGCCGUGCGAUUGUGCCGCCGGCACGCCGGCCUCCGAGCCGCCGUCGGGGAAGAUCAACAAAGCCGCCUUCAAAUUAUUCAAGAAGAGGAAAUCGGGCGGCACCAUGCCCAGCAUAUUCGGGGUCAAAAACAAAGGGGACGGGAAAGGCGCGGGUCCGCCGCCGGGCAUGGUGAGGAGCCGGACCCACGACGGCCUGGCCGAGGUGGCGGUGCUGGAGGGCGGCCGGAAGGAGGAGCCGCGCGGCGGGGUGGACGGCGGCGGCGGCGGCGGCGGAGGGGGCGACGGCGGCGGGGGCCGGCCGACCCCCGCGCCCCCCAGGGCGGCCGGGCCCGGCGCGGGCUCGCUGGCCGGCGGCUCGGUGGCCAAGUCGCACAGCUUCUUCUCCCUCUUGAAGAAGAACGGGCGGCCGGAGCACGGCCGAGGGGACGCGGCGGACGCCGGCAAGGCUGGCGGCAAACAAAAGAGGGGGCUGCGAGGGCUCUUCAGCGGCGUGCGCUGGCACAGGAAGGACAAGCGCGCCAAGGAGGGGGCGCGCGCGGGGGGCCUGGGCCUGGCCCCGCCGGGGUCGCUCACCGCCAGCCUGGAGUGCGUCGCGGAGGAAGCGCCCCGAGCCGCGCGCGCGCCGGACAGCCCGCGCGGGGACGCGCCGCCGGAGCCAGCAGGUGAGCCCGGAGGAGCGGGGGAGCCGGCGCCGGCCCCCGCCCCCGCCGAGCGCCCCGAAGGGCCCCGCUGCCCAGAGGCCGAGGGCCCCGGCGUCCCCGCCGCCAGCGCCGCGCCGGGAGAGGACGCCGCGGGGCGCCGGCGCGCCCAGGACGCCCGGGCACCCCCCGAGCGGGGCGCUGGGCAGGUGCGGACGGCCGCGGACGCUUCCAGGACGGGCGGCGCGCCGGCACAGACCGUCCCCCUUGUCGACUCCGACUGCGGCGGCGGCCGGGCGUCGGCCGUCCCUGACCCUUCCUCUGUCGAUCCGCCCUCAGACCCAUCGACCGAUCGUAUUUGUUUGAUGUUUUCUGACGUGACUUCACUGAAAAGCUUUGACUCUCUUACAGGCUGUGGAGAUAUUAUUGCAGACCAGGAGGACGAGGCAGGCCCCAGCUGUGACAAGCAUGCCCCCGGGACAGGCAAGCCGGUGGCCUCUAAAAAGAACCCCAGCGUGGUGGCCUACCAAGGAGGCGGGGAGGAGAUGGCGAGCCCGGAUGGGGUGGAUGACACCUGUCUCCAGGAAUUCUGGGACAUGCUCUCCCAGACGGAGGACCAAGGACAGGGGCCCCAGGAGGGGCUGGCUAAGGCCGCCGCAGCAGCCCUGGACGCCAAGACGGCUCCCGAGGUCUCCAAAGACGCCAGGGGGGAAAUUGCCAAGGAAGUGUCCUCGGUCAAGCGCAGGAGGCUCAACCGCAUUCCCAUCGAGGCCCACCCCAAGGAGGAGCCUAAGCACCUGCAGAAGGAGCAGCAAGAAGGGGUCCCCAACAGUGACGAGGGCUACUGGGAUUCCACCACUCCAGGCCCCGAGGAGGACGGCACGGGCAGCAGCGGCGGGAAGAAGGCGGCCAUCCCCAGGGACAGCUAUAGCGGCGACGCGCUCUACGACCUCUACGCGGACCCGGAUGGAAGCCCAGCAGCCCCUCCUGCCAACGAGGAGGCGUCCAGUGUGUCCAGGUUAAAGCCCGUGUCUCCGGGCACCAUCACCUGCCCCCUGCGGACACCAGGCAGUUUGCUGAAGGACUCUAAGAUUCCGAUCAGCGUCAAGCACCUCGCCAACCUCCCAUCCAGCCAUCCUGUGGCGCACCAGCAACCGGCCAGGAGCGAGGUGCCCAGAACAAAAAUCCCCGUGUCCAAAGUGCUCGUCCGCAGGGUCAGCAACCGAGGGGUGGCUGGGACCACCAUCCGGGCAGCAGUGAGCCACGACAGUGCCAAAAAGUUGUGAGGUCUCUGAGGCCAAGAUGGAUGGACCACGUGUCAAGGAAUACAACUUUUCCCUGGAAACCACUAAAAUAAGUUUUGCUUUUUCCUAAAGAAAGGCUUUUAGGACCCACUCUGCUACAGAGCCUGGACCGAGGGUCUCUCCCGGCUAGGGCAGGGCACACUAAGAAGGGAUCCACACUGCACAUGGGAUUGUCCUCCCCAAGAUAAGUCCCUGGGAAUUUUUUUCAAGCACUUUUUUUUUUUUCUUCUUAAAAAUAUAUAUAUAUAUUUUUUCUUUAAUGCACUGAGUACUUGGAAGUCAUCUUUACUUGCCUUUGCAGAAAGGGGACUUAACCAAACCGAAGUAAGUGUCAGGCCAGGAUGUUUGGCCAUGCCAGGGUCCAGAG